AUGACUUUGUGUCCGUGUAUUAGCUUUACAAGAGUUUUAUUGGCAUCUCUUGUCCUCCUGAACAAUGUGAUUUCUACGUCUUUGAAGGAUUCUGUUGAGGAGAUUAUACCCUUUAAUUGGGAAAAGACCAAAUACUUGAUAGCCUUUGGAGAUUCCUACACUUUCAUACAGGGCACCAAUGGGUAUCCAGGAUUCUCCUUCAUUGGCGAUUACCGCUCUCCCGAAAACCUUGCAUUCACGCCUCAAGAGCUCCUAACCACACAAAUCAACCAGAACUACUAUGGAACCUCCGCAGGUGGUCCGAAUUGGGUCGAGUUCCUCAGUGGUUGUUCGCUGGAGAACGGGCUUUGGUUUCCGUCGCAAUGCCAAGUGCAACUUUGGGAUUUUGCAUUUGCUGGUGCGGACUAUUCAGCUGCAUUCUUACCGGUUCAUGCCGAUUUUGUUACACCAAUGGUGAACCAGAUGAUGCAAUACUUGUCAUAUGCUGAGCCCGUGAUCAGAGAGCAUAUGGAUAAGUCUCGUGCACUCAUCGCCAUCUGGAUCGGCAUCAACGACGUGGGCGACGCUGCCAACGUGGUCGCCAACCAGACAGACAUCAACGACAUUGAGGCCCGAUACGAUGCAAUCGUGUCAGCCAUGUUCAAUGAAAGCGUAUCUUGGCUCCAUGAUGCUGGGUAUCGGGACUUUCUCUUCGUGAAUGUCCCGCCCCGAGAUCGCGCCCCGGGCCGUCGAUCCACCGAUUUGCCAACCGCAGCCAUGAUUGAAUCAUGGAACUCGGCGCUCAAUAGGCACCAUGCGCAGUUUUCCGCGUCCCAUCCUACCAGCAACAGCUUCGUAUAUGAUUCGUAUGCCUUCCUAAAUCAUGUCCUGGAUAACUACUCGGACUAUGGUUUUGAAAAUGCCUCCGACUUUUGUGCUAAUUACACCAACGCCACGGCUCUCACUAAUCCCGAGGCUUUGGGGUGCAGACCGUUGAACACAUAUUUCUGGUUCAAUUCCGGUCAUAUCGAGUUGCAAGUGGCACCCACUACGUCUUACUUCUUGUCUUCAUUUACCAGCAAUUUGAUCGAUACAAGUGGCAUCACCACCAUCGCCACCAUUGCCACUAGUUCGAUUAGUACGACGAUAGAGGCAACGACUCUGAGCUCAGCAACAGAUAUAUCUCCUGUGCACAAAACCUUUGCUAUUCAAAAUUUGGCACGGGAUCGGGAAUUAUUGUUGUCUUAUGUGUCGCUACCGCUAGUUUUUGGAGAGUUCCCCUCGGCUUCCUUGAACGACAACACCACCUUGUUUACCUUGGACGACGAGGGCCGUCUUACCCACGUUCUGACUGGCCUUUUUGCCUAUGGAAAUAAGUUGAUGGGUCUCAAUUUCGGCGGCGACGAAGUGCCCAUUGGUAAUGUUGCUGGCGAUGUUUGCAAAUGCUCAAUCGACCUCACGUCGCAGCUGACAUGCACUUGCGGGGUGCAGAAACUGACAAAAUUCUGCCUGAGCCCACUCUUCCUCCCAUUUUUAUUUCCAUGCGACGAAUCAGAUAUAGUGCCCAUUUGGCCAGAGGUUACGCUUUAUGCGUUUCCGACUGCGAGGAUUCUUCCCUCCACAAGCCUUGCGACAACAAGCGCGCCGGUCGCCUCAUCAACGCCGCCUCCUCCCAUACCGGUCGGCGCCGAGCCCAUGCAGCUUUUUGUUGGCCAGAAUGUACAAGUGGUUAUAAUCGACCACGUGCCUUACUUGUUUGAUAACUCAAACCUGAUAUUCGACAGAAGUUACACCAACUUUGCCUGGCAGUACGGUGAGGGGGCUUGGUAUGUGGUCAGCACUCGCGAGGUGGCUGCUUACGACCCUUCUAGGAAUGAGAGCUUGCAAGAAAUCAUGUUUCGCAACCCAGAGGAGAUCCAGACGCUUGGUCUCCGUGUCAGCGUGUGUGAGGAUUCAAUGGUGGGCUUUGAGUGCAAUGGCCGUGGCUUUUGCGUAGAUCAGGACAAGAGAUUGUACCUGUGCCAGUACGAUGAUCCCAGGGUAGUACAGGUAUCCCAGUCUUUUCCAGAUUAG